AUCGACGAUGCCUGAAAUUGCCGAAGUUGCCCGCAUUGUGCACUACCUGCGCCAGCACUUGGUUGGGAAAACCAUCAAGAUUGCCAAGGCGGUAGAGGACGCCAAUGUGUUCGGAAAAGUUGGGACGACCGGACCAGAGGUCGCUGCGGCAUUGACCGGCAAGAAGGUUCUUGCAGCGGGAAGCCAGGGCAAAUACUUCUGGCUUGUUCUCGAACAGCCUCCCCAUCCGGUGAUGCACUUUGGGAUGACCGGCUGGAUUCACAUCAAAGGCGACCGGACAGCAUACACCAACUACUACAAGAAAAUGAAGCCCGAGGAGAUGGACGCAUGGCCACCAAAGUACUGGAAGUUCCAACUCACAACCGAAGAUCCGGCAGUCGAGGUCGCCUUCACUGAUCCCAGGCGCUUUGGUCGAGUUCGCUUAGUUGACUGUGCCGGUGACAGCAUCAGGCAGCACUCGCCACUCGUCGAAAACGGACCAGACCCAGUUGUCGACACUGAUGUCUUUACCGAGGAGUAUCUGCGCGGCAAGGUGCAUUCGCGUCACGUCCCUAUCAAGGCACUCAUUCUCGACCAGACUGUCAUCAGCGGCAUCGGCAAUUGGGUUGGCGACGAAGUUCUCUACCACGCGAAGCUGCAUCCGGAACAGUACUGUGACGACUUCAGCGACGAAGAAAUCAAAAGGCUCUACAAUUCGAUCCGUCAUGUGUGCCAGUUUGCCGUCGACAAGCUUGGGGAUUCGGACCAGUUUCCAGAGGACUGGCUGUUUCAUCACCGAUGGAGCAAGGGCCAAAAGGGGGCCGUCGGACAUCUCCCAAGCGGUGAGAAGUUGGCUUUUCUCACAGUAGGUGGACGGACAAGCUGUUACGUGCCACAGGUUCAAAAGAAGACAGGCCGCGUUGUACCUGGCGUCAAGGAGGAGCUGAUGGAAUCGGACCAGGAGGAGCCGAAGCCAAAGAAAGCGGCAAAGUCAAAGGCUGUCAAGGUCGAGGACGGUCAGCCGCAAAACACGAGAAAGAGGAAGGCCGAGGAAGAUGAGCCACCAGCGAAGAAGAGCAGGGCUGCUCCCAAGAAGCCUUCAACAAGCAAAGUAAAAGCAGUCAAGGCGGAGGGGACAGUAGCGCCAGACAGCAAAGCUGAAUCCGGGAGGCGACGUUCAGGGAGGUUGCAAGGCAAAGCUGUCUGAACCGGUACUGCCAACUUGGAUAGCUGGAGUUUGUCAACUUCUUUACUUCUAAUGGAGAAGACAUGAGAGUUUCCUCGCCUUGUACUGCUGACAUUGAUCUCAACUCAGACUUUGCCUGCAAUCCCUCACAAGAAUGAGUUGCCCUACAAACCGCCUAAGAACAUGCUGUUGAGAUCCGGCUUGCUACUUCCUGCACUUCUUAGACAAACCUCCCCUUCCAAUCACGGUUCCGAUUCGACAUUCGGCGGAAACGUCCCAAACAAAGCCAUAAGAUGCUGGACAUCAGCUGAUGUCAGUUGCUUCCCAGCGUC